GUCGACUGCCAAAAGCCACUGCAGAAAACGACACCGCAAUGGCACAUGCUGGAGCACCGUUUUGGCCGCUCGUGGGCCUCGGCAUGUUUCUCUCCAGACCCAGGCUUUGGAAGGAAGUUGUUUGUCCCAUCAUAGUCACCACGAUCAGCACCAUCGUUUGCCUCGUGGUGCUCUUUGGUGCGGCGUUGCAUCCGCAAGCGACCGCUCUGAUCAACGCGGGAUGCCCAGAUUGGAUCGCUUGGAUUUCCGCGGUGCUCUUCGUGCUGGCCGAGACGGCAGUGGUGAACAUUAUCCUCAUGUUGAUUCUCUUUGGAUGUGUGCAGGUGAGGAUUAUGAGGUCCAUCCUGGAGGAGAAGGGCAUCAUCGAUCAGUUGCGGGUUGAAUGUGCGGCACGUGGGCAGCCCCUCCCAGAGGUGCAAUGCUAUCGCGACGUUGGCCAUGCUAUCCUGUUUCUGUUGGGAAGGGUUCCCCUGAUGAUCAUCACCAUGCCGCUGCACGGCAUCCCGGUCCUCGGCCAGAUCGCCUGGGUCCUGCUGAACGGUUGGAUCUACGCCUGGGAGCUGCAGCAGGAGUUCCUGGUCUUUGCCCGCGAGCUGCGUGGCUGCGGCGAGCAGUUCGGCUUUGUGAAACAACGUUGUUGCACCUUUGGAGGUUUCGGAGCAGUAGCCAUGGCACUUGAGCUGAUUCCCUUUGCGGGGCCCUGGAUCUUCUUUGCCUCGAAUGCCUGCGGUGCGGCGCUGAUGUCAGAGCAAUUCUUCAAGGACAGCCGGGAGGUCGUGGAGCCCAGCAUCUGAAUUCGAAACGCAUCAACAAAGUGGACGAGCUUGGUCGACGAAGACAGGGAAUGUGCUAGGCCAAUCCAGUGAAGAAGAAACGCGAACAUCAGCUACUGACGACACCAGCAAUUGUGCGUAGCGUCAUCAGCUCCUGCAGUUGGGAUGAGAAAAGGCACCACGCUUAUAGUCCCGCGCUAAAGUGCGCGGAUCGAAUUCAGCGAGCUUGGCGUAGCCCACCAAGCUGCAAAUUCAUUAUUGAUGCUUCGAAAGAGGCGUGUGCCAAAAGGAUCCAAAAAGAGCCAGGGCCACGGCAACGGGUAUCCACGGAUAGCCGAUAGGCCACUCACCCCUCAUACUCGGGUAGAUGAUCCAUCAUUUAUGGAUCUACCCU